AUCGGAGUUUCCCAAGUUAGAUUUUAUCAUUGGGGAAAUAUUAAUCUCCAUUUUUUUUCGUUCUUUCUUUUUCUUUUUUGUUAUAAACCAAUAUGAGUAGUUCAGCAAAUCUGCGUAUUGCCUGUGUGAUGGUGGGCUUACCAGCACGCGGAAAGACAUACAUUUCCUGCAAAGUCAGUCGUUAUUUAACUUGGUUAGGCAUCAAGACUCAAAUAUUUACUGUAAGCAACUACCGUAGAAAACUAGCAGGCCUCAAUUUACCACACACAUUUUUUGAUCCUAAAAAUGAUGAAGCAAUGAAAAUAAGGCAUGAAGCAGCUUCCAUGGCCCUAAAUGACAUGAUACGCUGGUUUGACAAGGAAGAUGGUACAGUAGGUAUUUUGGAUGCUACCAAUUCAUCCAAGAAAGCAAGAGCCUGGAUCAACCAAGAGUUGACAUCACGCGAUAUUCAAGUCUUAUUUAUUGAAUCUAUCUGUGAAGACGAAAAUGUUGUUAUGUCUAAUAUCAAGGACGUCAAAUUAUCUUCUCCUGACUACUGCGAGCGUGAUCCUGAAGAAGCCACAGAAGACUUUAUUAAACGUAUUCGUCACUACGAAGCAACUUAUGAAACAAUAACAGAAAAAAAAUUGACUUGGAUCAAACUAAUUAAUGUUGGCAGCCAAUAUAUCAUCAACAUGAUUCGCGGGUAUUUGGAAAGCAGAAUUGUGUAUUACCUAAUGAAUUUACACACGCGCCCAAAACGAAUUUGGUUUAGUAGACACGGUGAGUCACUGUUUAAUUUGGAAGAUAGAAUUGGUGGAGAUGCAGGGCUGUCACCUAGAGGGGAACAAUAUGCAUUGAAAUUACCAGAAUUAGUAAGAGAGAAUAUCGGUGAUCGCCCAUUGACCGUCUGGACUUCUUCCAUGACUCGUACUAUCCAAACAGCGAGACAUCUUCCGUUCCCCAAGAAACAGUGGAAAGCUCUUGAUGAGCUUGAUACAGGUGUCUGUGACGGUAUGACAUACGAUGAAAUUGCGGCUAAAUAUCCCGACGACUUUGCCAGACGUGACGAAGACAAGUUUAACUACCGCUACCGAGGUGGAGAGAGUUACAGAGACUUGGUGUUAAGACUAGAGCCUGUUAUCAUGGAGUUGGAAAGCCAUGAAAAUAUCUUGAUUAUUUCUCAUCAAGCAACGAUUCGUUGUAUGUAUGCUUACUUUAUGGGACUAAGUCAUGAAGAACUGCCGUAUGCACCUAUUCCACUUCAUACUAUCAUUGAGUUGAAGCCAAAAGCAUUUUCUUGUGAAGAAAAGCUAUACAAAGUUGAUGUGGGUGCAGUGGAUACCUUUAGACCUAAAGGGCAGUUAGGCCGUAGACUGACCAAUGACAAAUUCAUUAGCGCAGUGCCAGCCUUGGCAGAGGGGGCUAGUGGAGAAAUCGCAGAUUCUAAUAAGCCAAUUUUGCCCAUCACACCUAUCAGUGUCACACCUUGUUAAUGUAUUAUUUAUUGUUCUUCAUAUUCCCCUUUUUUCUUUCUGUCUCUAGUCUAUUCAAUAAACAAUAUAUUUUGAACCUCCAAAGGUGUGAUCGAACAACAGGGAUCAGGGGGUCUAAAUCGUCUCCACAAUAUUAAAAUAUAUCUUUUUUGGUUUUUUGAGACAUUGAGUGCAACCAUUCUACAAAGUGUAACUUAAUUUAUGUGUUAGAAUUGAACACAAAUUAUCUCAUGCAAAUCAUUUUCAUGUCAAAUCCUUCAACAAUUAAAAUUGAAAAAUACAAAAGUCAAUACCUAUGUUUUAAAGUAGAAAAAAAAAGCUCAUAGUGUAUGAUAUAUAUAUAAAAAAAAAAAAGAGAGAAAAAA